GAGCACAAAAAAAAAAAAUAACGGUCCCUUAUCCUCAGGAUCCCAACUACAAAUUGUUCUCCCCCCUGUGCUCUGGCAAAGCAGUACCACACUGUUAAAGCACGGACCACUAGACUCAAGAACAGCUGCUACCCUACUGCAGUGUGCAUCCUCAACAGCUAACUGCAAUGCCUCAGAAUCGAUGCCCCACAUCUCCAUUGUUCCUGCUGUGACUAUUUCUUAUGUUUGUAAUGCACUGCCUGCACUGUGUGGUGCUGCCUGUUGUACUGUGCACGUCCCGGGAGAUCAGGGCGAAUAAGAAUUCCAGUGUUCAUGGACAUAUGGAAUACACUCCUCCACGACCACUCUGCGGGCUCAGGCUCAUGGAGGAGGACACUUGUCUGCCUGUGCUCGUCACAGCUGAAGAGAAGGGGCUGCGAGCGCCUGGUUUUCAUGCUCUUGGCGGGCCGGGUCCUGCACCGCGCGAGACAGACGGGCUCGUACCGCAGAACAAAAGCCAGCGGGAGGGCUCUCGGCCGUCUCCGCGUGCUCCCGCCAGCGCCGGCGCUUCUCCUUUAUUGCUGGCCUUUCAUCUUUGCCGAGCAACGAGGCAGGACUUGCAGGCGCUGCUGCUCCUGGAGGCAGAUGCUACAGAGCGACGGAGCGCCGCGACACGAGGGGACAAAAGACCGUUCAGGCUGCCAGCCCCCCCUUUCAGGCACUGGAAAGGUGGGAGCAAAGACGACAGGCGGGAUCCCUCUCUAACAGAGGCAGCGGGUGGGGAAGUGACUGGCAGCUGCUGGCCGUGAAGAAAAAUCAACUCGGCAAAUGAACUCCUUGAGAGCAGCAGUAGGCAGCAUCAGGACGACCUCUCUGCUGAAGACGCACGGUUUCUUGUGCUAACCAGCUUGCCUCCUUUCCCCUCUGUGACAGCACAAAAUGGGUAAAAGCACUGAAUCCCUUGGCAACGGAAGACUUUUUUAAACUUUACCUUCAAGACCUACGCUGACAAAGCAGGGAAAGAUGGGAAUCGCAAUUCAAAACAUCACAUCCACCUCGGCCACAGUGACCUGGCCAGCUUUCCCAAGCUGCAUAGACAGCUUCUACAGCGUCAUGUACCACCCCAACUGGAACAGCCUCCUUACGGGCUACUCCAAAAAGAACUUCUUGAAGGAGGACCGAGUCCCGGCUGGCCAGACCUCCACGAGCUUGGGCAACCUGAGCCCGCAGACCACCUACAUCCUGUGCGUGACCUGCCAGUCGGCCAACCCCUCCAGCGACCAGUGCAGGAUCUUCAACACGCUGGGGCAGGACAGCACGGCGGCGGGCAGUGGGAGGAAGGAGCUGGCCAUGGGGAUCUGGCUGGCCAGCAGCAUCCUCCUCCUCAUCAUCGCCGGCAUCCUCCUGUACGGCUGCCUGCACACCUGGUGUCGCAAGCGUCAGGACCACCCCGAACGGAGCUGUGCCCACCCAGGCCUGCCCCAGCCCGCCGACGAGGCUGAGCAAGACCAGUCCAGGCUGCAUGGCCGCGGCCACAAUGGUGAGGAUGCCCAGCUGGCUACCAUCAUAGAAAACCCUUUCGCUUCAGCGGGGCCCCCUGCGAUCAGCGGCCAAGAUCACGAGCUGGUGUCCCUGGCAAGCCAAGGCACAGAUAUCCCAUCGCAAAGGCCGUGAAUAUCUAGUUCUGUCCAAAGCCGGCUUAUUUCCUUCUCGCCUCAGCUGCUACUCUGUCUCUUCAACCAACAAUGGAGAGAAACAAACCUUCUUCUGUGUGCGAUUAUUUGUAGGCGUCUUGUUGUCAGGUGUUACUAAAUAUUUGAAUGCCAUUGCACCAACUACCUGCCUUCAUGCCAAUGGAAGAAUAUGUCGUUUUAAAAAAAAGUGCAGUGGUCAAAAAUGAUCUUUUGAAAAGCUGAAAAAAAGUUAUUUGCAUCCAUGGAAAACACUUUUCUUUUAUUGGGUCCUUGAAAACAAUGGGUCUGGAAAAUCCCUAUCUUCAAACAAAAUAAUUUGUCUUCUUCCUCACAGUUUGCAAAAUGUGUGGCUGUGCUUCUGUAUCGCAGAACGUGCUUAACGUUCUUAACUGUGCCAACUUGUUUUGUCAAGUGUCCCAUUACAAACAUUUUGGGGAACUGAACUGUUUUAUUUGGCAAUUUGAAAAAAUGUUUCAUUACAGAGUGUGGCUUUUUGUUCAGACUAAACCUGACUUCAAAAUGCCUUUUACUUUCUCAGGAAUCUGGCUUAUUGUAUGAUACAAUCUGUAAUUACAGGGGAAAAAAAAAUCACUGAAAUUUUCACAAGCUUUAAUAGUAACAAUACGAAGAAUACCUAUUUAAACUGAAGGACACAAUAUUCUCUCUUCCUCUUACAGAGGAAUUCAGGCCUAAUAUUAUUAACUAUACACAUUAAGCCCGUCUUCACUUAGACAAACAACAAAUAUAACAAGGCGAAACUCGAGGUCUUGAAAACUAGACUUGACCAGUAUCUCAAUCAAUGCAAACGCACAUUAAUUUUAAUAACUAGUAUGGCGAAACACAUUAAUGGUCUUUUGGUUGUUACAAGGCACCUUUGUGAAGAAAUCCUCUUUCUAGCCCUUCUGGAAGGUGGGGGGGUAGGUAAUUAACCCAAUUCCACAAACUGUCAAAUGUUCUGGAAUUUUUCUGCAAUAAUUGAAGCCACACUUGCCGUAUUUGAAAGUCUAUCCUGUGAGAUGUAAUGCUAAAAGCUUGCAAUUUCUGCUUUUAUACAUAUUAAACGAUCAUUCAGUGAAAAUGCUACCUGUUCGUUUCUGGGGAAUUUUUGGCGCUGAAGAAAGCCAAACAAAUCUGCUCACAAACUUAUUUGGUAAUAAGAAAUGUUUUCAACACCUGCCCUCGAUUCUUUCAAGUCUGUACAGUACUUUAACAUUUUUUCGGGAACAUCUGCGGUUGCCAAUUAAUCACAAAGAAGUAUGCCCAAAGAAACUAAGUCAAUAAAACAAGGAGUUUUCAAUACUGCUGUCUGACCGACUCACGAGCUGGCCAGAGACAACCGUCGUACAAAGCUGUUCCACAGAAGAGGGAGUGGGAUGUCAGAUGUUAGCAGUCAGUAGCUUUCUGUCGCUUGAAUAGAAUAACAAACAGCCCCUGGCAAGGUCUGUUCAGCCCCAUCAGCCCUACACCACCCUAACAACUGAAAACCACUGGGCUGCCAAUUUGAAGUUUAACAAUACAAAAGCCAAAUGAUAUUAUGAUGCAAUUCUAUAUGAAACACAAUUGUGCUUUUUUUGAAGCAUCAGGAAAAUAAAGAAUCCAGUAACGUCCUCAUUCUAUUUUACUCUUCUUGCUAUCCUAUUUGUUGCUAAAUGGUAGUGCAAAUGAAUGAUGGAAAGUAUUUCAGGAUAUGUGUAGUACCUGUCCGUGAUUGCUACAAAUCAAGUUACCGAUCAAUAUUUUAAAAUAACGCAGUCUCUUCAAGAGGAGACAGUUUUUGAUAACUGGAAAUGAAAGUAUGAUGGCUCUAUAAAAUCCUGUUUCAGGAAGAACACUUAAAGAUGGCAAAGGAGGAAAAGAAACACUGCAUUGUUAAGACGCCUGAAAACACUUAACGCACUGCAUUUUCCAACCCUGAAGAACUGAAACCAAAAUGAGUCAGCAUGGAAGUCAAUGUCACCACUUGCAGCAAUUCAUGUACAAGAGUGAAAAAAGUGAUCCGAAAAGGUCUUUCCUUCCCUGGCAUCAGGGUGAAGCCUAAGGAUAGGGCUUGAGGUUUUAGGUUAGGGGUUACGUUAGGGCUAAGGCUAAGAUUAGCAUUAUUUUCAGCACCAGAGGGGCUCCAGUAAGUUCCAAUAGUACUUUGAAAUUAUUUUAAGACCUUUCUGGGGGAACUUAAAACUACUUCAUAAAGUUCAAAGAAGCUGUCAAAAAAUGUCUGAUGCUGUUACAUCCUCAUGUUUUCUGUACCUUGGCAAUAAAUCAUAACCUUUCAAAAAUAAAACAUAAGGCAUGUAUACUGUAGCUUU